AUGGAAAGGUUCUUGCGCUCCUGGCGACAGGACGCCUUGAACCGCGGCCAGCAUGAUUCCGCAAUCUACAUUGGCGACAAAGUCCUGGCGCUCACCAACAGUGACUCCGACGCGUUCUGGCUAGCCCAAGUCCACUUCUCUAACAACAAUUUCACACGCGCCUUGGCCCUUCUCUCCCGCAAGGACCUAGUCUCUCGAAGCACCGCCUGCCGAUAUCUCGCUGCUCAUUGCUACAUCAAGCAAAACCAGUUCGAUCAGGCCCUGUCUAUCCUUGGGGAACAUAACCCCACUGACCUCAUCCGUAACAACCACACUCGGCGCAAGAUCCAGCACAUCAACAACCAGAGCCACGUUACAUUGCGCAAUGGGAAGACCGCCACACCGCGUGGUGAGCGAGCCGAGGAGCGUGAACGAGAUGAAGCCAAUAAUGUACGAUUUGAAGCCGCGAUGUGCUACUUGCGGGGGCUCUGCUUCUCCAAGCAGAAUGCGUUUGAUCGUGCCCGGGACUGUUACAAGGAUGCCGUACGGAUUGAUGUUCAAUGCUUUGAAGCAUUUGACCAGCUUAUGAAGAAUUCACUGAUGUCUCCUACGGAAGAAUUGGAAUUCCUAGAAUCCCUUGACUUUGAUUCAGUCUCAUCCCCCGACCCGAUGAUGGCGCAGGAAGCCGCCCACUUUACCAAGAUGCUUUACACCACUCGCCUCUCCAAAUACUCAUCUCCCGAUAUCCUCUCCGAUGCCACCGAAACUCUUUCCACACACUAUAAUCUAGCAGAGAACCCGGACAUUCUUCUCUCCCGCGCUGAAGCUCUGUACACACAGUGCCGCUUCCCAGAGGCUCUGGAGUUGACCUCCUCCAUCCUUUCUACAUCCCAAUCGCCCGACCUGACAACAACAAAUACCAGCAUACCUGCUCAAAACAACCUUGGCCAUGCGCCUGCCAUCUAUCCGCUCCAUCUGGCUUGUCUGUACGAAACCGGUGCCACAAACGCUCUCUUCCUAUUGUCUCACAUGCUCGCGGACCAUUCACCAGAAGAACCUUACACGUACUUGGCAAUCGGAGUUUACUACUUGUCAGUUUCAAAGGUUGCAGAGGCGCGACGAUUCUUUUCCAAGGCCUCAUUACUAGAUCCACACUCGGCUCCAGCUUGGAUUGGGUUUGCGCAUACCUUCGCUGCGGAGGGUGAGCAUGACCAGGCGAUCGCCGCUUAUAGUACUGCUGCUCGACUUUUCCAAGGCAGUCAUCUUCCGCAACUCUUCCUGGGUAUGCAGCAUCUCGCUUUGAACAAUAUGUCCCUUGCACACGAGUAUCUAUCUGCUGCAUAUGCCAUGUCCACCGGAGCGAAAAUUGGGUCGGUUCCCAAGAUUUCAACUGCUUUAGCAGUCGGGGGGGAUCCACUCGUCCUCAAUGAACUCGGUGUUGUCCAUUAUCAUUUGUCCCACCUCGACAAAGCUGUUGAGUAUUUCCAGCAAGCGCUGGCGCUGGCUGCUUCUCUUCACUGUGAACCUAGCGCCUGGGUGGCCACCCGUGCUAACCUGGGACACUCCUUCCGCCGGAUGGACCUCCUUCCCGAAGCGCUCAGUGAAUAUGACGAAUGUCUUCGCGUGGGCGCCGGCGGGAGCAGCAUGGGCUCUUCCCCAUUCUUAGGCGGUGGAUCGGGUGGGUCUGCUGCAGUCGCUACCUCAUCUAGUGUGGGAGGCUACGAAGACCGGGGGUUGACUGGUUCUCUCCAUACCUCUCGUGGACUGGUGCUCCUGCAGCUGGGACGCACCACGGAGGCUGUGGCUGCCUUGCAUGAAGCGGUCCGUGUCCUCGGGGCUAGUGGGGGCGGUGAUGCGGCAGGCGGUGCAGGCGUGGCAGGCACUCUGCUGUCCCGCGCGCUCGAGCUUUGGGCUCUCGAAGGGCGACAGCAAGGUCGCCAAACCUUCGACGAGGACUACCGUGCUGCCUGCACACCUGUUCCCAUCAGUCCAACCAAGCGACGGGGAUCCAACCGAUCUCGCGACCUCAAGGGCAAAGAGCGGACUGCACCCGAGGACCUGUCUCGACGACGCGCGCGCCAGGAGCCCGUUGUCGAAGAAUGGACGGACGAGGUGGCACAUGCCACCCCUCAGACUGAAGAAGAUACUGUGGAAAUGGAUCUCGAUGAUGCGGCGGAUGGACUGCUACGACGUGCCCUCGGCCGGGUUCGCCCAAGCCGGCAACGUCGCGCAGCCGUCCCCGCCACGCCCGAGAUGGAGACCGAACCCCCUGCCCCAUCCGGGAGUCGCAGUCGGGGGAUCAGACAUGGACGAAGCCACUCCCGACAGUGA